AUGCAAAAGGCUAUAUCUGAGACUAGAGAAGAUCAAGAUAUAACUCUUCAAUUUUAUCGUGUAACUGUUUUACUUGAACCUAUAACUGAAUCUUCUUGGUAUGAAAUGAAGCGAGAGCAACAAAAUCUUCCCGCAUUUUCUGAUGCAAAUAAAUUGGCUUGUUCAUUUUGUUUGGAUGAAUUGUCUCCUUCAAUAACUUAUGCUAAAUGUUUGGAUUGUGAACAGUGUGAAGUGCUAAUUUGUAUUGAGUGUCUUCGUAUGGGUAUGGAAUCACACCCUCAUACUCGAUCUCAUCGUUACACUUUUUGUGAUGCAAUUGGACCCCCCACAUUUUUUGAAAAUGAUACUCAAACUCCUUGGGGAGCACAAGAAGAUUUACAACUUUUAAAUGCUCUAUUACACUCUCACUUAAAUCAAUGGCCUGAAUUAAGCAAAGAUUGGGGAAGAAAGAAGACGCUAGCAGAUGCUUUGGAACAUUUGGAUAAAUGUUUUAUACGUGGUCCGAUAGGCCAAUAUAUCUUGAAAAAUUAUUCUCGUGGUUAUGUCAAGGAUUGGUCUGAGAACGAUGAGCAAAACACAGAUUCCGAUCAUUUGGCUACUUGUAGUGAUAUUACUCUCCCUUCUACUUCCACUAGUACUAAUCUGAUGAAAAAUGAUUUGGAAUGUGAUGGGAAUACGAGGAAUGGAAAAAUGGAAGAAUCGGAUGAGGAAUUGCCUGAAAUUGUUGAAAAACGAAAUUCAUCACAAGAAUCAAUGACUGACAAUAAUGAGAUGGCUAGCAAUGGAGUGCUUGAAAGAAAAUCCAGAAAAGAACAAUUACUUGCUGCUGCAAAAAAUGUUGCUGCUGAAGCAAUACGUGGCAAAUCACGAAAAACUUCUUUGGAACUUUCCGAAGCAGCAAUUAAUUUGGAUGGAAAUAGUAAUGGGGAAGCUAGUAGUGUCAAUAAUACUCCAAACAAAAAGAAUCAACAAAUUAAAGAGAAAAAAGAAUUUUUGUCUCCUGAACAAAUAACGCUACUCUAUGCAAGUUCCAAAUACAACCCAUAUUUUUACAAUCAUCCACCGCAUCCAAUGGAUGCCCACACUGUUGCAAAAUUUGAUGAAGAAGAUUUACAGCUUUUAACUUAUUUGCCUUAUCGAGAUGAAUUUGAAACGGAAUAUAAGAAUGAAGCUGAACAAUUAAUUACACAACUUGUAUUUUUGGCGGAAAAUGAACAAACAACAGAAUCUGACAGAUUUUUGAAUGAAGUAAACUUUGCCCGUUUCAAUCGCUAUAAUCGUUUAAUGCGUAUACGCGCAGCAAAACGUGCUAUUAUUUUGGAACAUCGAAUGUUGGCAGAAUAUUUAAAUAUUGUUAAGACAAACAUUUCUGAAAAAGGAAAAUAUUUGGUAUUUCCUGAUCGUUAUUUUUCUACAAAAAGUAAAGAGGAUGCUUAUCGUCCAAUUUUUGCACAAUUGAGACAAGUUGCUGAUAGAGAAACAAUUAAUCAUUUGGCUAAAGAUGUUGCUGCAAUGGAAACUUUAAAGGAUCAAAUUGAAGAAUUAAAAAUGUUACAAUCUAAAGGAAUUACAAGAGUAAAAGGUCGUUUAAAAGUUGAUUUGGCUUCAAUGAUAUGGUCAAGAAAGCGAAGGACUAGAAAAACGGAGAAUGCUGAAAUGAGAAAAGCAAGUUUGCGAUGGAAGCGUAUCAAGAGAUGGACAAAACGUACACAUUUGCAACAACAAUUGGAUGAACCAGAUGAUGAUGAUGAUCAAUAAGAGAGAAUGUUUCGAGGUGGGUGUGUUUUAAUUAAAUUUUUGAAUUUUUAGCUGUAUUUUAAUGGGGUAAAUUUCCUGUAUAUUUUUUUAAAAGCGCGCGCCCAAGCAUUACCAACACACCCGUAUUAAUUUUCAAUUUUUUUUAUUUUUUUUUUACUUUUAUUUUUACUAUUUU